AUCCAGCCGAAACCAGAUUUGUGGAUAACAUCCACCACAUAGCCAACGAGUGGCUAUCAUUUUGGUCACUUAGAUUUGUUAUUAGCUCCUGGGAACUCCCUGCUUUCUGUGUUCUUCUCCACUGUCCCAUCUCCAUAUUCACUUCAAACCCAAUCUUUGCCAUGGCUACAAUCACCAAUUUCUUGUCAAAACCACCAACUUCUCUUUCAAGCACCCCUAGAAUCAAUCCUCUUUGCUUCCAUGGUUCCUUUCUAGUUAACUUUGUCUCUAAACAUAAGCCUUUAUUAGAAACGAAGAGGACACACUUCAUCAUAAAGGCCACUGCUGCCUCUGAGACCAAGACAGCUGCUAGAGAUGAAAGAGUAAAAAAAAUCCACAAUAUGGAGGAAUUCGAUGAAGCCCUUAGAACGGCAAAGAACAAACUUGUGGUUGUGGAAUAUGCUGCUAGCCACAGCGCUAAUAGCAGCAAGAUCUACCCUUUUAUGGUGGAGCUUAGCAGAACAUGCAACGACGUGGAAUUUCUGCUUGUAAUGGGCGAUGAAUCAGAAAAGACCAGAGAACUUUGCAAGAGAGAGAAGGUAGAGAAAGUCCCUCACUUCAGCUUCUACAAGGGCAUGGAGAAGAUUCACGAAGAGGGAGGGAUUGGCCCAGAUCAGCUCAUGGGCGAUGUGUUAUACUAUGGAGACAACCACUCUGAAGUGGUCCAGCUGCAUUGUAGAGAAGAUGUGGAGAAGUUGAUUGAUGAUCAUAAGGCUGAUCACAAGCUGAUUGUACUUGAUGUAGGGUUGAAGCACUGUGGACCAUGCGUGAAAGUCUAUCCAACUGUGAUCAAAUUGUCGAGGAGGAUGGCUGAUACUGUGGUGUUUGCGAGGAUGAACGGUGAUGAGAAUGAUAACUGCAUGCAGUUCUUGAAGGAUAUGGACGUGAUUGAGGUACCCACUUUCUUAUUUAUCAGAGAUGGUGAGAUUUGUGGUAGGUAUGUAGGCUCAGGGAAAGGUGAGCUUGUAGGAGAAAUUCUUAGAUACCAAGGAGUUCGUGUAACCUAUUAAAGAUAGAAUCUAAAUUAGACAAAAUUCUUGAUCAUAGUUCAAAUUAAUGGAAAGAAAGAUGAGUGAUUUAUUC